AUGAAUCAUCGAUUCCCUCUGCUGGAUACAAAUCCUCGUCACACUGGUGUUGGAAUCGAAAUCGCUCUCAUUAAACCACGCAUUCCGUCGGCACGUUGCUUCAAAAACUCGUUGAUAGACUUGAAUGUAGCAAUUGCGUGCACCAUCAGCAUCAAUUGUCUUCCUCCUUGUUCUGAAUCAUCAGGAGUCAGUUUGAGUUUAACCUGUUUAGCCAUCGACGAUGCUCUUGAAUUCAUGUUGGAAGAGUUCCAGUUUGCGCCAGAGCUGAUAAUCUCAAAAGACUCUGUACGACUCAAUGCUUCCUCAAGCUUUUUGACAAAAUAUACCAGAGGCAAAUGUUCGUUGUUGCCCAAAGGACUGAAUGUUGAGCAAAAGAUUUCUUGGAAUGCUCUUAAACACUCUGAACUCUCAUGUGCAGACUCGUCAUUAAACAGCUCAGAAAGAAGUGGUAUCACUCCUGAUGAUAUCAGCUCAUAA